AUGGGCGCGCGCGGGGUGCUGCUCUGCCUGCUCCCGCUGGUGCGAGCCGCCGAGCGCCCCGAGGGCCGGGCCGACGAGCCGGGCCUGGAGGCGGCCCUGGCGGUGCCCAACGCCUCGCACUUCUUCUGGGGCAACUACACCUUCUCCGACUGGCAGAACUUUGUGGGCCGGAGGCGCUACGGAGCCGAGUCCCAGAACCCCACGGUGAAAGCCCUGCUCAUCGUGGCUUACUCCUUCAUCAUCGUCUUCUCGCUCUUCGGCAACGUCCUGGUCUGUCAUGUCAUCUUCAAGAACCAGCGAAUGCACUCGGCCACCAGCCUCUUCAUCGUCAACCUGGCGGUCGCCGACAUCAUGAUCACGCUGCUCAACACGCCCUUCACCUUGGUCCGCUUUGUGAACAGCACCUGGGUGUUCGGGAAAGGCAUGUGCCACGUCAGCCGCUUCGCCCAGUACUGCUCCCUGCAUGUCUCCGCACUGACGUUGACGGCCAUCGCCGUUGACCGCCACCAGGUCAUCAUGCAUCCGUUGAAACCCCGGAUCUCCAUCACGAAAGGGGUCAUCUACAUCACGGUCAUCUGGACCAUGGCGACGUUCUUUUCACUCCCACAUGCCAUCUGCCAGAAAUUAUUUACCUUCAAGUACAGUGAGAACAUCGUCCGCUCCCUGUGCCUGCCAGACUUCCCUGAGCCAGCUGACCUCUUCUGGAAGUACCUGGACUUGGCCACCUUCAUCCUGCUGUACAUCCUCCCCCUCCUCAUCAUCUCCGUGGCCUACGCCCGAGUGGCCAAGAAGCUGUGGUUGUGCAACACCAUUGGGGAUGUGACCACGGAGCAGUACCUGGCCCUUCGGCGUAAGAAGAAGAAGACCAUCAAGAUGCUGAUGCUGGUGGUGGUCCUCUUUGCUCUCUGCUGGUUCCCCCUCAACUGCUAUGUCCUCCUCCUGUCCAGCAAGGUCAUCCACACCAACAAUGCCCUCUACUUCGCCUUCCACUGGUUUGCCAUGAGCAGCACUUGCUACAAUCCCUUCAUCUACUGCUGGCUCAAUGAGAACUUCAGGGUCGAGCUGAAGGCAUUACUGAGCAUGUGCCAAAGGCUGCCCAAGCCCCAGGAGGAGAGGCCACCCUCCCCAGUUGCUUCUUUCAGGGUGGCUUGGACAGAGAAGAGCGAUGGCCGGAGGGCUCCACUGGCCAAUGACUUCUUGCCCUCCUCCCAACUCCAGUCUGGGAAGACAGACCUGUCUGCUGUGGAGCCCAUCGUGGCAGUGAGUUAGAGGGAGGCGGGAAGGGGCAGGGAGAGGGCUCUGUCCCCAGCUGAGGCUGGCAAAGGGCCUGAGGAUGGAGCCUGGAAAAAUGCCUGUCCCCUCACACAUGACCUUCACAGUGCUAGAAACAAGGCCCCACAGAAGCCACGGGACCCUGGAUUUUCUAGGAAAUGCUGUCUAGCCUCCUACCCCAUUGGAUGUGCAAAACUAAAAGGCAACUACAAAUCAGACAUGUGUUUAUGAAUUCCUGUCUAAGAAAUGCUGCGAGGCAUAUCACCUUGGUUCCCUGAGCCAGGGAACCCAGGACAGCUUCAGCCCACAUGAGGGCUGAGUCAGUUGGCUGCCUAACAACCCUCCCGACCACCGAAUGUUCAUAAAGGACACCUGAGUCAUACUUGGGGCGUGGCUGGCCCAGAUGCACAGAACUCUACUCAAACAACGUUCAUUGGCCAUUGAAAGGUGAGUGAGCCACAGCUGACGUGGAGGGUUUUUUGGGCCUCACUUACUGAAGUCCUGGGCCAGGAUGAAUCUCAGUAGUAUAGUGGCUGGCUGGACAGAUGACAAGAAAAGACCAAUUAGGGCCCUUAAAGAGGAAUUACUGAGUUCUCUUAAAGAAGGAUUAUUAUUAAAACUUGGGAAAAUUUAGAAAAGCAUAAAGAAGAAAACAAAAGUCAUCGCUUUCUGCAUUUUGUUAAUAUGCUAUGGAUUUAUUUACAGCUUUUCCCUUUGCAUGUGUGUAUACGCAUGCCCUCCCUUCCAUCCUGAAUUACACUUUUCCACGUAGACACAAUUAAGCACAGGGCAUAACAGAGAACUUCCGAGCCUCUCUCCCAAGGGUAGUGUCCACAAGAAGAAUUGGUAGAAGAGGUGGGAGAGGAACCCAAGAGUAAGGCUGUCGUGGAGCCAACAGACUGCCGCCUUCUUGUAGCCAGUGGUGGGAAAGGUCUGGAUGAAGUUCUCAGAAGGCGGCCAUCAUGAUGAGCUGGGAAAUAAAACUCAUCGAGGAGGCAUAAUGCCUUCCAUCUUGCACUCACAUAGAACAAGAAGUGGUAAAAUGUUGCCCUGAUUUUACAGGAGAUGAUGGAGCAGUCUCUCUAACAUGCCAGAAAUAAUUGCUCUUAGACACUUCAAAUCCUCCCAAGCUGUCUAGACAGGCCACUUCUCUGUGUUGUCUGAAUAAUAAAUACGGCUUCUUCAUGCCAGUUCCCCCAAAACGACUCACUUGUCAACAUCACCCUGGUGGCUCUCAUGUCACCUUCAGAAACCUGUGACAUCGUGAUAGUCCUUAAUGAUUCAACAUGCCAGAGAAAUCUCAUUCCAGAGACUGAGUGUUUUCAUCACGUUCAGUCUGGUCCUGAGUGACUCACUGUGUCACCCAGGAGACACAGGCAGAAUAGAACUUAAUUCACCCACCCUAAACAAUUGCCACUCUUACACUGGCUUUAGGUGUCUUCCUAGCACCAGAUGGAUCUUGAAAGCAAACACGGAUAUGGAGCUGAGUGGAGAAGUGAGGUUUGGGGAGAAGGACUUUGUCCAGGUUUCACUUCAAUCUCUUGACUGUUCAUUGAAACUGAACUUGGUCAUAUUAUCUGAUUUCCUAUAAUUAACCAUGGGGGUUCAUUAUCCUACUCUCUCGAUUUAUGAGAAUGUUUGAAAUGUUUGACUUUCAUGGGACAGAUUGGCUUCUAAGCCUACAGGGCUCCCAAGAUGGAUUUUUCAGGCCAAAUGGCUUCCAGGUCUGUGCCUACUGUCUCUGUGGUGUCAAGAAGUAGCCUAUGGUUUCAUCUUAAUGCUGCCAUGGAAAUUCUUUGAACCAGAAAGAAAACAGAAUUACACAUAGUUUGUCCUGCUCUGGAAUCAUGGGGAAAGCAUUACUUUUCCUCCUUGUGAAGGCAUCUAGAGAUACUGCCAAGUCAGAGGAGACCCUUCUCUGUGGGGGAAGACCCGCACAUAGCCCACUAGAUCUGGGUCUCCAAGACAGUACCUUGUCUUCCCCAUUCCCCUUGUUCUCUGUGUGCCUCAGAGCCAAAAGCAGUUUGUAUUUGUGAAUGUGAAAGUUGUUAAACUUGAGUCUUUCCGAUGUUUCAUAAUGUGUACUUUACUGUGGAUGUUCUAGUCUCAAUAAAAUAUAUUUUGGAUGCA